AUGCGGGUGGGGGAGCGGGAGGCUCCCUGCGCGGGCAGAGCCGAGCCGAGCCGAGGCCGGCCCGCGGACAGCGCGGCACGCGUGGCGGCCCCAGAAGGGCACCGGGAGCGCGGGAAGGACACGGGGCCGCGGGACGGACCCGCCUCGGCGGCACCGGCCCCGGCGCCUCCCCCCGCGGCCGCCAGGGGGCGCCGCUCCCGCGCGUCCGGCCCCGCUGUGCCCGCGCUGCGCGGCCCUCAGCAGGGCCCGGCCCGGCCCGGCCCGGCCCGGCGGCACCGCAACCACCGCAGCCACCACCGCAACUACCGCAAGCACCGUGAGGGUGCCAGAGACAUACGGGAGCAGAAGCCAGAAAGAGCAUCUUCCAACCCACGCCAGCCUGGAGAAGCUGUGGCAGAGCAAUCCUACCCCGAUAACAAACCCCAAGACCUAACCCUCAGUGCAGCCUUGCCGGGAGCGCGCUGUUCACGCUGGAGAAUGAUGCUUCUUUGUGCGGCAGGAGGACUCGUAUGUCACCGCCCGGAGGAGCGGAGCGGAGCGAUUGGCCGGGUGAAUUAUCUGCCUUGUUGCAGUGAAUUAUUUGCGCUGUUUCCUUUCCCAGUCAACAAGUUUCUGAGCUUGACUUUGAAUUUCUUUAAGUGCCAGAGCGAGGAUACGGUGCUGGGUAAUGCAUUGCCAUGCACUAUAUUUAGAAAGCAGCUGGAAGAGAAGAUGUCCUCAGGAAUCCGGACUGUUUUGUUGUACUUGUCCCUCCCGUCCCGGCCCUGUAACGCAAACGCUCCUUCUGCAGAGGGCACACCGCAGCACGAUGAAGCCAACCCCCCCUGCAGAGGAGCAGGCCCCAAGCUGCUGGCGCCGGCCCGAGGCUUCUAAUGUGAGGAAAAACACGCGGUGACAAGUGUGGAAAAGAGCAAGCACUAAAUUACUGUCAGAAAAAUAAACGGCGGAGCGCCGCGCGGGGCGGUGAUUUACGGGGGCAAUUAGUCACCGCCCCGCGGAGCCGCCGCAGCGUCCCCGGGGCUGGCCCGGCACCCAGCGCGGGCAGCCAGGGCCCGGCCCGUCCUGCGGCUCACUGCUUGCCUGCUCCAAAAACAGGGGUGUGGGAGGAGGCAGGAGCCACCCCGAAAGGCAGAGUAUGCUUGCAGAGAAGGUGGGUGUGCGGUGGAUCUUCUUACUUGUGGUGGGUGCCCAGGUGUGGGGUGAUUAAAGAAGUGAUAAGGUACUGUUGUAUGAAUAACGCUCCUGGAGACCGAAGGCUGGAAAGCUGCUGGACCGGGUGAGAGGGUGGAGGUGGCUCCACAGCUGCUGCACAUCUUCUGGAGGUGCUGCGGGCCAUUAAGCCUCCCACUACUGGAGGAGGGCCAGCUUUGCUGCUAGCUGGGAGUGGACAUUAUAAACCUAUUUUUAUGCUGUUUCACCAGGGUUAAAAAUUCAAAUGUUUUAAUUUGAAGUUAGCAGCAAAGAAACGAGGGGCAAUUCAAGCCCUGUCCCAGCCUGGGACCAUGGCAGUGAGCCCCCAGCCAGCAUGUUGUGGGGUUUUGUAACUUUUUGCCCCAUCUGUUCUUGUUGACUCAGCAAUCCUUACUUAGUUGGUGCCUAUAUGUCAGUUUUCAUUUUAUAAAGCCUUAUUGGCCACCUAGGCCUUGUGUCCAUCCCCUGGGCAGGGGCAGUGUUAUCCAUAGUCAGAUAACACCACCAUUAGACCUGCCAGCCUGGUGUCUGGCUCCUGCAAAUAGCUGGCACUGGGAUAAUGGGACACAGCCUGUCCCAGCUCCCUGCAACAGCUGGUGCCAGCCAGCCCUGCCAGGACUGCUGCCAGCAGCAGGAGCGUGCCAGGGCCUGCCAUCAAAGAGCUGACCCAUGGCUGCCACCACAGGACAAAGGGAACGCAGCAGAGCUGGUCCCUCUGGACAGGGCACCUCCUGGGAAUGACAGGCGAGUGUCCUUUGGAAGUGGAUGCAAACUGAGAAAGCAGAGCUGGCUCUCACAGGUCCUGGUGGUUUCGGUAAGUGGCCCUCCCUCCCUGCUCCACUGUCCCAGCUGGUGGGUGGGAUGUGACACCUGCCUUUGGGAAGCACUCAAGACUCAUGAAUGAUCACAGAGGCAAAGAAUCAGUGGUUGGUUUGGGGUCUGCCCUAAGCUGCUUCCUCACCUUCUGGAAGUGGUUUUUGCAGGGACAUGGGUGUGUGUGCUCAUGAGGUGCUUCUGGUGCUCCCUUUCCUUGCAGUGCAGUCCCACUACUCCCACACCUUGUGAGGCAGCCUCCUAGUGAGUGAUGUGACCAGCACAUCUCUCAUGUAAUUUUCUUCCUCC